UGUAUUUUUUUUUGUUUGGGUUAAGGUACAACCACUGAACAAGAAUGAAUACAAUUCCGUUGUCAAACUCAUAUGCCUUUUCCCAUUAUUCUCAUACCAAAAUCUUCAAAUCUCAACCAACUUUCAUCACUAGAAACAGUAAAAAAGAUACCAAUAUUCCAGCUCCGAACGAAUCAAGAAACUUACCUUCAAACCUAUCUUUACUUGAAAAAAUAUUUAACAAGGCUAUCAUCAAGUUUCUUGAUCAUCCUCCUCAUUUGUCGGUCGACCCAUGCAACACGCUAACUGAUAACUUCGCACCAGUCGAUGAGCUGAGUCCUACAAAAUGUGAGGAUGUAUACGGGUCACUCCCUUCAUGCCUGGAUGGCGUGUACAUACGCAACGGACCCAACCCACAGUUUAUCUCCAGCGGUCCACAACACUACCUGGAUGGGGAUGGGAUGGUUCACUCCAUCAGGAUCUCUCAAGGUUGUGCCACUUUCUGCAGCCGAUACAUCAAGACCAACAAGUACCUAUUUGAAAACCAAGUUAAAUCCUCCAUUGUCCCAAAUUUUAUUGGAGGUAUGAAAGGACUUGGUCCUUUUGUCGCGCGUGCAGCGUUUUUCAGUGCAAGAAUUGUUUUGGGUAAGUACGAUAUUGGCAAAGGGAUUGGUGUUGCAAACACCAACUUAGCGUUUUUUGGAGGCAGCCUGUUCGCACUAUGUGAAUCCGAUCUUCCAUAUGCACUCAAAGUCGAGGACAAUGGCGAUGUAAUAACUUUACAUCAGCAUGAUUUCAAAGGAAAGCUUUUUAUGAACAUGACCGCUCACCCGAAGAUUGAUCCCAAGACUAAGGAGGCGUUUGCUUUUCGUUAUUGGGCAACAUAUCCUUAUAUAACUUAUUUUCGAUUCGAUGCAAAUGGAGACAAGCAAACUGAUGUACCUAUUUUCUCCAUGAAGGAACCCUCUUUAACUCAUGAUUUGGCAAUCACUCAAAAGUAUGCAAUCAUUUGUGAUAUUCAACUUGGAGCUCAUCCAAUGAACCUGAUCCAGAAAGGAAGCCUUAUAAGUUUUGACAAAAUGAAAGUUCCAAGAAUCGGUGUUCUUCCACGGUAUGCAAAGGAUGAAUCAGAGAUCAAGUGGUUUGAGGUGCCUGGGCUCAAUAUACUUCAUGUAGCUAAUGCGUGGGACGAGACCGAUGAAUAUGGAAGCGAGGUCUUGGUGUUGGUGGCACCCAAUACAUUGUCGAUUGAGCACUUCUUUGAUCGGAUGGAUCUGAUCCAAGCAUCCAUGGAAAAAGUGACUAUUCAUUUUGGGACGGGGGUUGUGUUAAGGCAAACUCUGUCGGUUGAUAACAUGGAGUUUCCUGUUAUCAAUCCGGCAUAUAUAUCAAAAAAGAACAAGUUCGUUUACACAGCAAUUCAUGAGAAAACGCCGAAAAAAUCAAGGAUGAUAAGGACAAUAGGAGUGGCAAAGCUUGACAUUGCCGCAUCAGAAGGAACCAAAGAACGACAUGAGUACACAGUGGCAAGUCGGAUGUAUGGAGAUAAUUGCUUCGGAGGUGAACCAUUUUUCGUUGCAAGAGAUUCAAGCGUAGAGGAGGAUGAUGGGUAUUUGGUGUCUUAUGUGCAUGAUGAAAACUCGGGUGAGUCAAGGUUCUUGGUGAUGGAUGCCGGAUCACCGAAUCUUGAAGUGGUGGCUGUUGUCAAGCUGCCACAACGAGUGCCGUAUGGUUUACAUGGUCUAUUUAUUAAAGAAAAGGACUUGAGUGCAAUGUGACAAUCCGACAAUAUUGUAUGUUACCAUUGUAUUUUCAAAUACAUAUACAUAUAUUGCUAUGAUAAAUAAAAUUGUGAUA